AUGAAAAGGUGUUCUACACCCUCUGGUGUUUGGGGACUAUCAGGGGCGGACGCACAUAUACAACUCGUUGGAAAUAGAUUGCCAAUUUUUUCGCAAGAAGAAUCAGAUCUCAUUAAAGACUCGUCCGACUUUGUGGGAGACACACACUGCACAACAAUGUAUGUCGCACACAUAACUGGCCACGAAGGUCUUAAGUCAGACAUGAAUGCUUCAUUGAUCCCCUUUGGGGAUUCUACCGAGGUCUAUUUCCAAAGACUUGCUAAUUUAAGAAACCUAUUUUGUCACCCUAACACUAUUUUAAUCAUGAGUUUCCUUGUCAUAUAUCAACAGAUUGAUGUGCUUCCAUGGGGUCUUGAAGGAGUAUUGGAAUACAUAAAGCAGAACUAUGGCAAUCCUCCGAAUAUCUGUGUAAAUACACAAUCUUUGUUGUUUGAAUUGAAUGUUAAUACAAAAUCAGGUCGACCUACCAACCACCAUUCAUCGCUUCAUGACGUGAGAAGAGUUGAAUACCUUCAUUAUUAUAUCGCUGCCAUGCUCAACCCAGUGAGGAAUGGAUCAGAUACAAGAGGCUACUUCCAAUGGUCGUUAAUGGAUUUGUACGAGUUUGUUGAUACCAACUACACAUAUGGAUUAUAUUAUGUGAAUUUUAGCGAUCCAGAACGUAAAAGAUCUCCGAAAACCUCUGCUCUUUGGUACUCUGCUCUACUUAAAGGCUCGACCGUUAGUUCACAAGUGCUGAAGAAUCUCUCGGUAACUUCAUCUCCUGGGUUUGCUUCUCAGUAA